CGAACCUGCCUUAUUAGGAACGUUUUGUAAACAGUCAGAGAGGACGAGAUUAUAUACGUGUCCGAUAAAAACAUGGAUGGUCAUUUUGUUUUUGUAGUUGUGUGUAUAGGAAUUGAAAUUAUCAAGACUGCUGUUGGAGAUCCAAGCACACUUUCCAUGGUGAUAGACAAACGCUCUAACAAGCUCGCAGAUUUUAUACAGAUUCUUGACCCACCGACUUCAUUCAGCGGUGAUACUACCGUCAUUCACGUCGAGUACCGCUGCAGAGACGAACGUUACGUUGGUGUUGAAGUGUUAAGUGACGUCAUCGGCGUGUUUAAAAGUCAAAUUGACACAUCAGUCAAAGUCUUUCAGAAGGUUUUCCGGUGCCAUAAAGACAGUAUUUCAGCUCAAGCAAAAGUCAAAAAAGUGCAAUUAAAACUACCACCUUACGUUGGAUUUAAUUUCAACGUGCUAAACAAGAACGUUACGUUCACGUCAAAUACUAAACUCAGAGCGUGGAUACUAGAAACUGAGUGGAGGCAUUCUUGUAAAAAACACAACAAUUGUUUUACAAGGUCAUUUGUGAAAGUGGCAUAUGAAAGCAGCAUAGACCCACCGUUUUCCAGGCCCUAUGUCGAUGUGAAAAGCUCUCUUCGGGGCUGUAUCUCUUACAGAUCAAAGAUUCAGCACUAUGCAACGUCAUUUCGAAUACCAACAUGUGACGUUGAAAAUGAGGUCGUGGAGCUGCUGAGCUACCCGCUUGUGCUGUCCGGGGACCCUUACGGCGUAUUCCGUAAACUGGAACCCUACAAGAACCCGGAACUGGAGGCCCGGCGACUCACACAGAUCCUCAAACCCAGAUUUACGCUGGUGGUGUGGCUGUACAUGUUGGAUGUGUGUGCCCAUGACCGCCUGUGUUCCGUGUUCCACCAUUUUUCCUGGGAUUCUCUAUACAAGUCGCCACUACUGUUCAUCAACUCAAACGGUCAAUUGCAUGUGCAAGUAGAACACGCAGAUGGACAGCAUUCAGCAGGUGUCGCAAAUGACGCAGUUCCGUUACACACGUGGCUUAGAGUCGUCUUCUCCUUCAAAAUUAACAAGUGGACAUUAGCCGUGACAAAGAACAGAAAUAUAUCAGAUACGACAAUAUCAGAUUAUACACACCCCUUUGGGGCGGUAUAUUACAACGACACGGAGGGGCUGUUCACACUUGGAGGUGCGGAGACCACACCCAGUGUCCGGGGAUACAUUGGGCACGCAACACUUUACAGGAAUGUAGCCCUUUCAUACAAAGAGGUGUCGAUGUUGGGGUCAGAUGAGCCAAUGUUCCGGUUGGGGCUAACGCGGCGGGAGGAGAGAUGCAGCGAUUUCCUGUCCUGGGUUGCUAAGAGAAUUGAAUUCUAUAAGCGGGUCACCUCUAGGGUCAUGCAUCCAGACAAAUGUCCGGUGCCGUUUCUUGAAUUGAUAAAGUCCGUCACCAAGCAACCAGACGCUAACUCCGUUGGAGACACGUGCCCUGCCGAGCGGACAGGACGUCACCGGAAAAAUGUGGAUAAACUGGUUCGCGCAAUGGUCAAAACGCGAGGAUAUGUUCAUCAUAAAACCGUCGCCAAGGAUUUAUACAAGAAGGCUUCGGAAUGGUUGGACGUGAGUCUGGAUGCUGUUCCGCGGGCAUUUCCUGUACUCAAGCAGGCAGCGUGUCUUGGCAGCGUGGAUGCUAUGUACGUAGUGGCCGUCCUCCUCAAUCACGGGAUCCACGUGAAGUCUGACGAGAUACAAUCGCAAGCGUACCUUAUGUUAGCGGCUCUAGAGAACCAACGGUUAGCUGCCCUUGCUCUUGGUCACAAACACAGAAACGGACUCCAUGGCGCGUCCGCCGACCUGGAGCAUAGCUUCCGCUAUUACAAGUUUGUGGCAGACACUGCAAGAUUGGACAAGGAGCGACACAAAGAUACAGAUGUAUUUACGGAGUCUGUAAGAUUGACGGACGAGCGAGCACUGCACGAACAGACGGACGAAGAUGGUGACGUGUUCCAAUGGCUGUCUCACCAGGCAAAGCAGGGCGUCUUAUCGGCUCAGAACCGCGUGGGUCGAGCACUGUUCUGGGGUCAACAGGGGCUGCGACGGAACUUGGAGGCGGCGGUGGAUUACUUCCGAAUGAGUGCGGAGACCGGAGACUCCCAGUCACAGUACGACUACGGCGUCGUCCUCAUGAAGGGCCAGGGGACCAAGAGAGAUGUUGAUGCCGGACUGCAGCAAAUUCAUAAGGCUGCUGAACAGCAAAACCCAUCGGCUCUGAACGCGAUUGGGUGGCACGCGAUGAAUUUUGAGAGGAAUUACAGGAAGGCGGCGGAAUAUUUCGAGAGGGCGCAUCGCCUUGGUAACCCGGACGCCAUGUUUAAUCUUGGACACAUGCACUUAUAUGGCACAUAUCCAUAUAAGGAAAAAGACGUUGACCUUGCGCUGCGAUACUUUUUCGAUGCGGGCACCAGAAACCACCUUGAUGCCGGGGUCGCCAUCGCCGCUAUCAGCGCCAAGGGGACGGGGCGUCAACCACGUAACGUCUAUACCGCUGCCGAAUGGUCGCGCUUUAUAGCGGAGAAGACGCCUGCUGUUGGCAUGGUUCUUAGGAAGGGCAUCAAAGCGUUCAAGGCUGGAAAGCAUGAUGUGAGCCUGUUUUACUACGCGCUAGCUGCAGACGCAGGUCUAGAAAUUGGUGCCUUUAAUCUCGCCUGGCUCUGUGAAGAAAACAGGGAUGGGGUGACAAGUUUCAUUGAGAAGGAAUGUGUGUGGAGUCAGUACAACAUCUCUAUACAGAGGGAGAAGCAGUUUGUGGAUUCGUACGCAUUGGUCAAGAUGGGCGACUACUACUGGUACGGCUGUGAGGGCCACCGGAAUCCCUCUAAGGCCGUGGACUUGUACGUACAGGCCGCUACAAUGCAUAAUCCACAGGCGCUGUUCAACCUGGGUCUGCUUGUAGAGGAGGGUGUGUCACUUUCGGCGUCUGCUCUUCGUGAGGUGCAUGUACCGCAGGCAUUCAGACGCAACAACGUGACGCUGCUCACACAUCUUUAUAACAGAUGCCGCGACUCUCACCAAUCCGAGGCGUUUAUCCCGUGUUCUAUCGCACUCUGGCGAGUACAGAUUCUGGAUUUUUGGGACAGACAUCAGAUCUUCAUCAAAAUAUCGACAAUGGCAGCGGCAAUGCUUUUUACAAUCUUAUCAUCCUACAAGCUGCUGCGUUCAAACCAGGGCAACGCGAUGGACCCGCAGGAUGAAAAUAUCUGAUAGUUGAAUACUGUUAUAAUACAUGACAUAAUUGUGACAAGUCGUGCCCUUCGAUGCUUGAAGAUACUUAUCCCGCCAUUCCGAGUGGAUUCAAGAACUUUAGGAAAUUUUCUUGCCAGUACUAUUUAUUCUUACUAUUGAUGAUCGUGAUGACGUCAACGAAAAUGAGCUCUGGUCAUGGAAAAGUGACAUUUAUAUUGUUGCUAAGUAUUAAAGCGUCACAGGCGGGCUACAUGGCAAUAUUGUUAAACAGUUCUCUAUUUCAGUUUUAUUCAUUUACUAGUAGCGUUUAAAGUAUGAUUUGUAAUCAUAUCAUUUGGUUAAGUUUUGUUUAUUGUCGUUCAUGUAAAUACCUUCACAAGGCUCUCAUUCUCGCAGAGGACUCCCAACGUUGAACGUGCCAGUUCUCUGUCUAGCGCAAAUAAAGUGAUAUACAAUCCCAUCAUUUAUCGGUAAAGCUAUUUUAAUGCGUGUGUGGUCUGUGGUGUUUGUAUUUGUGCAUGUACUGUUUAUAUGCUCGUGUCUCUAGUUCAUUGUCACUUGGACCCUUGCCGUAUGCCUAUAAACACCGCUUAUUUUUGAAUUUUCGUCUGCUGUGCUUGUCCCUGUAGUUUUCAUUGCAUGAUUAAACUAGAGCUAUUUUUAUCUGUAUAAACUGUAUUAUUUGUUGUUUAACUGCGUACUUUGCAUUGUGUGAAGUAGGUCCACAUAAAGUCAUUGAAUAAAACUAUGCUGCUAGCACACUCAA